AUGGAUAAUUUAAGGCGUAGACAUAUUACUUCUUUCCAAAAUGGAGUCUUGGAACCAAUUGUAUUCGACGAUAAACGAAAAUCUAUGAAAUCGAUUCUUUUAUCCUCUAUUAAAUUACAAAAGACAAUAGCGCCGGUUCUAUCUACGAUUCGAAACUUUUACAAUAAAUAUUACAAUACCAUUCAUCCUCUAUGCUUCACUUUCUUAUCUUUUUUGACGAGAUUUUAUUUAAUAUCAUUGUCAGAUGUCGUAAUGUGGGAUGAGUCACAUUUUGGCAAAUUUGCAUCGCAUUAUCUUAAUCGAGAAUUUUACUUUGAUGUACAUCCACCUCUUGGUAAAAUGAUAGUCGCAUUAGCAGGAUGGCUUGCUGG